AUGAUGGGGUCUCUGGGCGCCCGGCACUGCCUGGAGUGGCUGCUGGACCUCUACUUCCUCUCCCACAUCCCCAUCACCCUGCUCAUGGACCUGCAGGCGGUGCUGCCUCGUGAUCUCUACCGGGUGGAGUUGAGAAACCUGCGGCAGUGGUAUACUGAGUUCAAAGACCCCCUGCUACACAACCCCCCAGUGUGGUUUAAGUCCUUCCUGUUUUGUGAGCUUGUGUUUCAGUUGCCUUUCUUUCUCAUCCCAACAUAUGUCUUCUUCAGAGUUGUUCAUGGAGGCUGCAGGUGGAUACGCACCCCUGCAAUCAUCUACUUGGUUCACACCAUGACAACUCUGAUUCCAAUCCUCUCCACGUUUCUACUCCAGGAUUUCUCCAAAGCCAGUUGUUUCAGAGGACAAGGAACUAAGGCUUUCCAUGAACCACUAUUCCAUAUAUCUGUCUACAUCACGUACUUUCUCAUCUCUAUUAUACUUCUGCUUUUCAUGUUGCGGAACCCCUACUACAAGUCUGAGGAGAAAAGAAAGAAAAAAUGA